AUGUCUCGUCAGUCUGUCUGCCGGAGCUUCAGAGUCGGGGGGAGAAAGGGAUUCAGCUCCUGCUCUGCUGUCGGAGGCGGCUUCGGAGGCAGCGGUGGCCGGAGCAAGAUCAGCUACAGCUCGUACUCCUCAUCCCGGGGAGGAGGCGGAGGAGGACACUGUGGGGGGUUCAGCAGCCGGAGCCUCCACAGCAUGGGGGGCAGCAGAGGGAUUGCCAUGGGCGGGUGCUACGGCGGCGGCGGCGGAUACGGCGGCAGGAUGGGCGGCUUUGGCGGAGGAAUGAGCUGUGGAGGGAUGGGCGGUGGGGGAAUGGGCGGCUUUGGUGGUGGAAUGGGCGGUGGAGCAGGAAUGGGUGGCUUUGGUGGCGGAAUGGGCGGUGGGGGAAUGGGUGGAAUGGGCGGCUUUGGUGGCCCAGGCUUCCCUGGAGGCAUCCAACCGGUGCAAGUCGACCCCAGCCUCCUGCGGCCAGUCCAUGUUGAGAUUGACCCCCAGAUCCAGCAAGUCAAAAACCAGGAGAAGGAGCAGAUCAAGACCUUGAACAACCAGUUUGCCUCCUUCAUCGACAAGGUCCGAUUCCUGGAGCAGCAGAACAAGGUGCUCUCCACCAAGUGGGAGCUGCUCCAGCAGCAAGGACCAUCGGGGCCGAGGAAGAACCUGGAUGUGAUCUUUGAGAAUUACAUCCAGAACCUGCGGAGGCAGCUGGACUCAAUCGUGUCACAGCGGGGGCAGCUGGAGUCGGAGCUGCAGAACAUGAGGCAGUACGUGGAGGAGUUCAAAACCAAGUAUGAGGAGGAGAUCAACCGGCGCACGGCGGCUGAGAACGAGUUUGUGGUGCUGAAGAAGGAUGUGGACUGUGCCUACAUGACCAAAGUUGAGCUGGAAGCCAGGGUGGGAGCUCUGACAGACGAAAUCAACUUCCUGAGGUGCAUCUACGAGGAGGAGCUGUCUCAGAUGCAGACGAUCAGCCGGGACCUGUCCGUGGUGGUGUCCAUGGACAACAACCGGCACCUGGACCUGGACAGCAUCAUCGAGGAGGUGCGGCGCCAGUACGAGCAGAUCGCCCAGAGCAGCCGCGCUGAGGCCGAGGCCUGGUACCAGAGCCAGUAUGAAGAGCUCCAGAACACUGCUGGCCGGCACGGGGACAGCCUCCGCAACACCAAGAUGGAGAUCCAGGAGCUGUCCAGGAAUGUCCAGAGGCUGCGGGCUGAGAUUGAGAACGUGAAGAAGCAGAACCAGCAGCUGCAGGCAGCCAUCGCCGAGGCUGAGGAGAGGGGCGAGAUGGCCAUCAAGGAUGCCAGGAGGAAGCUGGAAGAGCUGGAAUGUGCCCUCAACAAGGACAAGGAGGAGCUGGCUCGCCUGCUGAAGGAGUACCAGGAGCUGCUGAACAUCAAGAUCGCGCUGGACGUUGAGAUCGCCAUGUACAGGAAGCUGCUGGAGGGGGAGGAGAACAGGCUGUGCAACGACGGCAUGUCCAACGUCAACGUCUCUGUGGUGGGCAGGACGACUGUCUCUGGAGGCAGAGGAGGCAUGGGAGGAGGAUUCGGAGGCAGCGGCAUGGGAGGAGGAUUCGGAGGCGGCAGCUGCGGAAUGGGAGGAUUCGGAGGCGGCAGCGGCAUGGGAGGAGGAAUGGGAGGAGGUGGCAUCUGCGGAGGAGGCAGCAGCUUCGGAGGAGGCAGCAUGGGCGGCAGCUGCGGGAUGGGGGGAGGAAUGUACGGCGGGGGCUUCUCCUCUGGGAGCGGAAGGAUGUGCGGCUCUGGCGGGGGAUCCUCCUCCGUGCGCAGAUGCGUCACCACCACCUCGGUCAAAUCUUCGGGAGUGAGAUUCUGA